GCAUUUUGCCGCCCGGCCAUGACAAAGACAACAUCACAUUCCAGUGUUUCUAGCCAGGGAGGAGUGGCUACACCGGUUGAUGAAAGGCCAUUGACAACACAUUCUGAUGUGACAGCCAUAGGCCCUCCUUCAGGAUCCCCUGGCGUUCCACAACAGGCUGCAAUACGCAGGGACUCCCAAGCAUCACAGUCAAGUUCGGUGAGCAGUGUGGCAAGUGGGGGGAGGCGAGCUACUGAGCCAUCAACUGUCACAGAAACCCCACGAGGACCAUCCAUGUUUGGUCGUCAGAGUUCUACAGCCACACAAAACGGAGAAGACACAGAAGAUACCAUGAAGAAUCUAAGAAAAACAUUUGCUGGAAUUUUUGGAGAUAUGUAGAGACAUUGUUAAUAACAUUUUUAUAACUGUAUAUAAUUUAGAAUUGUUUUUAAAAGAAGAUGGAGAGAAUUUAGGCUGAUAAUGGAACCCCUUCAUAUACUGUUUCAUUUGAACUGUGUUUUAAUGGGAAAAUUAUUUGUAAUGUUCAUGUAAGCUUUCAGCAAGGACAAAUGUUUGUUUUUCAGAGUAUGUUGCAAAGUCCAGUGCAUUUUGAUAUCUGUAAACAGUCUCAUAUUGUGUACUCUUCUGCAACAUUUGAUGUACUGAGUUAAUAUUCUUAUAUUGCAGUUGAUUCAUAAUAUUUUAUUACACAAAACACUGCUAUAUCACAUUCAUAUUUUCAGGGAAAGGUCUUGUCAUUGAAAUCGUUAUGUUGGCCUUAGACCAUUAUAUUCUGGUAGUUGUUUUGGUGAAAACAGUGUAUUACAUGUCUACUUCUGUACUGAGUGAAUAUAUGCAAUAAUGAAACCAGGCACAACUGUCAUUCAGUUACUGAAAUUUCAGUCCCAUAUAUACAAUUCUCUGUAAUCUAGACUAGGAAUAUGGAGUGGAUUUGUCAUAUCAAUUUCCCUUAUGAAAACAUCUCUAAAUUCAUUCUUGCCUGAAUAUCUCUACAGUUCCCUGUUAAAAUAUGUAUAAAAAUUAUAAUAUUUUGGUUCAGAUCGUUUCAAAUCAUUUUAUAUAUUAUAACAUCACUGAAAAACUUACUAAUUACUGUAUCCCUAAUUUAUCUUGCAGGCAAGAAAAUUGGGUCAGUAAAACAAUUUGUCCAGUGGGCUGUAGAUUCCCAUGCUUGCUGACCAUUCAGCUUAUUAAAUGAUUAAGCAUUUCAUGUCAUAAAUGAUUCAUGUAGCUAAAUCUAAUGCAAUGCAGUUUUUUAAACACUAGAUUGGAAUAAAUAACUUUCUUAGGAGAGCUGUGUUAUCAGCCUGAGAACUCCCUUUUUCUUUGCUUCAUUUUUGCUGUGGUAGGCUAAAAAUGGCUGUGGAAUUGUUAUUGAUGGAUGUGUGAUAAUAAGGCAAACAAGAUGUUUCUCUUAUCUCAUAGAAGAACAUGGUAGUGUUUACUGUAAUGGAUUAAUAAUUGGGAGAAUGUUAUAAACAAUCAGAUCAUUGAGAAUGGCUAUUAAAUCAAGAAAGAAAAUGAUUCCAAAUGUCAUGGCUGAGUGGUUAAGCACUCCUACAUCAUACAUUGGAGGUCCCUGAUUCAAAUCUUGGACAGGUUAUUGAUUAUCCUGAGUAAGAUUUCUAAGCCAUUUCUCGAUCCAUAUUGCUGAAUACUGGGACAUUAUCAGAAAACAGAUAUUUCCUUCCCUCAUUCCUUCCAAUAUAUAUAAUUUACACUCACACUACAAUUUUGCUUUAUAUAACAUUAGCACAUUAUUAAAUAACCAAAGAAUCAGUAAAUCAAAGAAAUCUAUAUAAAUUAAAUAAUAGAAGGAAAACUACUGUCAAAACACUUACUUGAACCAUAACUCACAGGUGUAAGAUUGUAAAAUCUAAAACAGACUUAGCUGAAGCAACUGAGUGUGUGAUGAACCUAGAGUUUGGGUAAAAAUAUAUUUGUGGGGCCUGCAUUAUUCUUAUCCAUAAGUUGUACCUCUAACUGCAAAUAAUAUUGUACAGUAACAUAAGUUACAACUUUCAUGGGUUGAGUUCUUGUGUGCAUUUAUGUAAAGGUUAUAGUGAAAUUACAAAGUACGAGUAUUCCUUUGCACAAGCAUAGUGAAAUUUUAGAAGGUGGCACAGAGGCAAAGCUCAUGCAUCUUGACUUCAGUACAAGAUGAAGGUUAAAGAACUGCUUCCUUUACUCCUAACUCCUGUAGUUAAUGAAUAGGAGCCUUGGAGAAAUUCCUGUGUUAUUGUGAAUAUGCUGGCAAUAUAAUUUUUUUAUCUAUCUUAUAUAUAUUGUCAUUUGAGGGAAUAACUAUA